CUUUUCUGUAAAAUAUAGUGUCGUGUCGUGAGUGCGUUAAAUUUCGAAAAUUUACACAAAAAAUGCCAUAAUUAAUAAUUAAAACUGUUAAAAAAGUGAAAAACAAUUACCAUAGUACUUGGUUGAAGUAAAAUUUGUUAGUUUAUCGCAUGGAAAGUUGGUAAAAUCUAGAAAUGAAAAUCGGAAAACCUGCUUUCAGUGAAGGUAGUGAGAAAAAUUUUUUCAUCUUUCGUAUAGACGAUUGUUCGAGUGUGUUCGUGCGUUGCGAGAGUGCUUGUGCAUGUGUGUAAUUUUGUCGGUGAGUUUAGUUUGCGCGAAUGGAAACAACGAGAGCGCGCAACCAAAAAGAAAAACGAAAACAACAUACUAAAGCAAACAGUGAUAUUGUGAAACGGGAGUGAAGUGUACAAAUUGGGGUAAAAAUUAAGUUAAUUUCCAAGGUAGCUGUGCUUUGGUUAACUUCAAUGAAAUUUAAUACAAAAAAUAAUAACAAAAGAGUGAAGGAUGCAUAAAUAUUGCAGCUCGGCAACAAAAACUCAUUUUCGAAAGAGUAAAAGAUAAAUAAAAAUGGCUUAAAUCAAAAUCACAUAAAAAAAUUGCAACAAACAAGAGCUCAAGCAAUAUCAAUCCAGUUAAAAAAACCAGAAAAAAAACCGAAAGCGCAAUAAACGCUUAAACAAAAGAUACCAAGUGAAUAAAUUGUGUACAAAAUGUAAGGCAAAGAAAACCAAACCACGAAAAACAAAAAACUAAAUAAAAGAAAACACUAAAAAGAUGCAUAAGCGCAAGAGAGCGAAGUGAAAAAAUUGUAGAGCAAAAAAGUAUACAAAUACAAGAAAUUUAACGACGUAUACGCAGGCGAAAAACGGCGAAGAAAAAAGCAUCUGAAAAGGGAGAAAAAGGAGUUAUAAAAUUGUCAAAACGCAAAAACAACGCACACCCUCAGUCGCUGUCCAUUCAGCUGCGCAGGAAUAGUCUCUGUGUGCCCAGUCCCAGUCCCGUGAGGGACCGCAGGCGACGCAUCACGGGGCGAACAAGACACGUAACUCGCUGCUACAUAAGUAACAACAGAAACAGGGGAACGUUGUAACAAAAGAAAAGAAAAUAAGCAAACGUUCGUCCCAAUCGCAGCUUCAGUGUAAAUUUCAACUGUCAUAACGCCAAGACGGCAAAGACGCAAAGGAAAACAACAUCGACGGUGUGAAGAGGACGAGCAAUCACCACUUUAGAGCAAGGAAAAUUCAAACUGAAACAAUCAACAACAAGCACGCGGUCAAUGCGCCAACCAACAAAGUAAUUCACGAGCAGCAACACCACCAACAAGAAAAAUCCUCCGCCAAGCAAGCAAACAAGCAAUCAAUCUUGGUGUGUGAGCGAGCAGCGUAGUUGAGAUACCACUUCAGUACAAAAGCAAUUGUGCUACUCACACCUUGGCUGCAGCUGCAACGACAACGGCUGUCAGGAAAACCAAAAAAUUUUUCAUAAGCGUUGCGGAGCGUAAAAAACAGGUAUUGUGUGCAACAAACUUGGGCAGAGAGAGAACGACUAAGAAACACACCAGAAUUAUCAACGUGUCAAAGCCGAGAGACGUUUGUGAAGAGUGUGUGUGUGUGUUUGUUUUUAGCGUGAGAGAGGCAAGCCAGAAAAGAAGAGAGAGAAAAAAGGGAGAGUGCGAGUGCGAGUCAACGACGACGUCGAUACUUUCAACGAGAACAAAGUGCCACAACUGGAACUGUUUUUUGUUGCACGGCAUUCGUAUUUGUAACGAGGACGGGUGGUGUGGGUACCCAGCAACUGCUUCAACUGCAACAAAAAUAGCUAGUCUGGCUGGCAGGCAAAAGGUGGUCACGCAAGACGUAACUAGCCAACGAAAAAGCGAUCAACCAAAUAACAAACCGCCAGUCAACAAGGAAGCAGCGGCAACACUACUCUAAACGGUGUACUGAAAAAACAAAAAAAAAAAAAACAAUUCAAACAAAAAGGCAGCUGGCGACUAAUACCUUGCACUGAAACGCGCACGGUAACGCUUUACACCUUUUAUCCUCAUUGAAUUGGAAAAAUUGCCAGACCGAUAGACCGAAAGUCAGCCUGUCUGUAGUUUGAAGCGGCUGUAAGGGAGAGAACACAAAUCGCAGGAAUUAGCACCCAAUUGGGGUGGACAGAAGUGAGUGUAGCACAGGACCCCUAUAUAGCCUGACACGAGCACGUCACGAUAAGAACCAACAACGUCCACUAGUGUGUUUAGUUUUCAGUAAGUGCCGUCUGUGCUUGGCGCAUUCGCAAAUGCAAAUUUCAUACGAGUAUUAUUAUGGGCCGCUCCAAGUUUCCCGGAAAACCGUCCAAGUCGAUUAAUCGUAAACGUAUAAGUGUAUUGCAAUUGGAUGAAGACGCGGCGACGGCGGCGUCGGCGGCGACGACGCCAGAGACAGAGGAUGGUGUAACUGCUUCAACAACAGCACAUGUUAGUAGUGUAAAGCGCGGUGGCGGCAACUGUGAUGAUGAUGAUGAUGAAAAGGAUCGAAAGGGUGGUGGAGGGACCGUAGGUGGGGGUGGAGGAGGAGGUUCCAGUGACGCCAGUAAUGCUGGAGGCGCACGUAAUGGCCGUAAUGUAAACGGCAGUGGAACAAGUGGCGGCACGGGCACUAAUUCCAGUGGUAGUGGUACCAGAAACGGCGCAAGCGGUGGAGGCGGUGAUAGUAUUGUUACCAGCAAACUAUCCAGUGGCGGGAAAAGUGCUGAAACUGCACAAAGAGCAACUGGCGCAGUAAAUGCCGCCAAUAGCAGCAACAACAAAGGAAAAAAUAGAAGUAGCAACAGGAGCAAAAGUAAGCACAAGGAUGUUGCUGUCGGUCUUGCCGAUAAUGAUAAAAAAGCUGAAGAUGCACUUGAUGACAACACCAAGCACAACGAUGAAAAUGUAGACAAAGCGGACGACAAAGCGCAAGCAACGAGGCAUUUGACAGCAGCUGCUGCUGCUGUCGAGGAUGAAAAAGAUGAUGACUGCGAUACCACAUCGCACAAGCAAAGAAAUCAGUGUGAUGAUAUGGCGAUGGGGGAUGAAGGGGGCGACGGCAACAGAGACGCCGACGAAGAUGAGUGUCAAAACGAAAACGAGAACGUGGAAGAUCUGGGUGAUAAUGGCAACUGUGGUGAUGACGAAGACGACGACAAGGAGGACGAGGACGAGGACGAAGAUGACAAUGCAUCGUCCACUAGUCGUAAAUCGCUACAAUCUGCCUGCUCAGCAUACUCCUCGGCAGCGUCGUCUAUUACCUCUACCACAACAACAGCGGUGACGUUUAGUCGCAGUAAGCGUGAUGGUAAAUUUAAAAACUUGAAUCUUGCCAAGCCUGAGGUGAUGUUGCCAUCAUCGGCGAAAUUAAGGCAGCUGCAACAACAAAAUCAACUAAAUUGCCCUUCGCCGCCACCAACAGCAAAUGACAAUAGCAGCAGCAGAAUUAACGGUGCAACAAAUCCGGCGACAUCUUCGUCUUCGGUCACAACAACAAUAAUUUCGCGCAUCACAAAUCCCUUCGCUGUCGAUAGCAAACUUUGUGCGACUGAUACUGACGAUGAAGCGUCGUGUAUCAUGGCCGCUGAUGAGGUAAUAAAUGGCAGUGAUGGCGUUGCGGACGGUGUCAGUGGCAGUGGCAGUGGCGGUUGUACUGACAACAAUGGCGUUGCAGUGAAAACCCACAUGAGACCGAAUGAAAUGCCUUUAACCAACAGCAGCAACCAUAAGCCCAGUGAUAGCACGGUAACAGCCGGCAACAGUAUUGGUGGAGAUUCAGCCACUUCAGCAACGACAAACAGCAAAGAAAGCAAAACAGCCUCAGAAACCUCAAGUAGUGCGGUAACAGCGGCCGUUGCUAGUAGUGCAUCUUCCACAUCUUCAUCAUCAUCAUCUUCGUCAUCGUCAUCUUCGUCGGGUGGUGGCAAGCAGAAAAAGACCGUCACAUUUAAGAAUAUACUCGAGACGAGCGACGAUAAGAGCGCCGUGAAAAAGUUCUACAAUCCCGACAAUCGCAUACCGCUCGUCUCCAUCAUGAAGAAGGAGUGCAUGAAUCGGCCACUACUUUAUUCGCGCAGCAGCGAAUGCAUUGUACGACCUUCGAGGCUAACUGAGAUACUCAAGAACAAUUCGAAUAUCGACAAACUGAAUUCUUUAAAAUUCCGCUCCAGCCACACAACUAGCACUGAUGCGACAGCAGCUGUUGGCGGUACUGCUGUUGCUUCCAACAGCGGAGCGUCAAUAACCGCAACCGGGUCGGUUUUCGGCGGUUCGGGGCUCGCUUGUGCAUUUGGCGCGUCAGCUGCUUAUGCUGAUGACCGCAAACAUGGCACAGUGGUAUUUAGGCUAAGCGAUAUCAACACAACACCACUCACUGCAAAUGGCUAUACAAACGAAAUAAAUCCCAAACAAGAGCAUGGUGCAGAAGGCACUGAAUGUAGUGGUGCUGUAGGUGACGAUGACCACGAAUUGGAAGAGGAACAUGAAGAUAUCGCUAAGGGCAUAGACGACAAUGACGCGGAGGAGGAGGAGGAGGAACAGCAAAUUGUGGUUGACAGGCAUUUUGUGCUACCGAAACGUAGCACACGCUCCUCGCGUGUCAUCAAACCGAACAAAUGGUUGCUGGAGGAUGGCAUCAUAUGCAAGAAGGUGGCGCAUAUAAAGAAACAACCCAAUGCAGCCAUAGCUACCGCCGCAGCAGCGGCAGCUGCGGGAACGGGAUCGGGAACAAGUGGUAGUGGCAGUGCACCGAAAAAAGAACAACAAAACUAUUUCGGUUUGGGCGACUAUGCAGAGGCAUGCACUGCAGCUGGUGACGCUUUGCCCAUUAAAAAUGGAAAGGACAGCAAAGCUGGAUUUGGCGCCUCUACAUUUGGUACGAAUUUUGGCACGUUGAAGGCGAAUAAUUUUGUGUUGCGCCAGCCGCGCUUACAAUUCGACUCGCUCGCCGAGCGAAGCGCUAUAACGGCAACAACAACAGCAGCAACGUCUUCAAAUAGCUCAACAGGCCCUCUUUCAAUAACGGUGCCCAAGUCGCUUACGCAAACGUUGAGUUUAAAAUCCACCUUAACCAGUGGUACAACGGCCAGCGCAGUCACGUUUGGCAUGAACAGUGCCAAUAGUUUGCUAGGCAAAAGCGUUUUAGGCACUUCCUCUUACGUAUGCAGCGUCUGCAACACACCCAUGCAUUGCAGCAAUUCGCAGGAACCACGAAAGUAUGGCGUACCUGCCUGCAGUGCUUGUCGAAAAUUCAUCUCGAAAAUCUCAAAAACCAGCUCAAACACAUCACUGAAAAGUUUGCAAUUGCUGUGUAGAGGGGAUGGUAACUGCAUCCUCCAGCCGCACCCAAAAAUCCAUAUCAAAAAUUUCAAAAAAGUCUACAAAGAACGCUGUGCAUCAUGUUGGCUGAAAAAAUGUCUACAAACUCUUCAGUUAUCACCUGGUGAUAAACGACGUUUGAGUGCCGCGCUCCCGCCGUCAUUAAUUAAGCAAGUUGAGGCGAAAAAAGAGCGAGACCCGGAAGAAGAGAGUGAGCUCGUGGCACGCAAAGAUCUGGACUCGGCUGGUCUAUCGCCCACCGGGCUCUUUGGUACCGCACGUUUCAAGUGGAAAUCUUCGUUGGAUACGGCAAAUGAAAGUUUGAAAUUGAAUCUGAAGAGUAAUCCACUAGCUGAGAAUAAUGCAACAUUUGGUAGCUCAGCUAUACUGAGGCCGCCAAUUCUGGAGAAGCCCUUAUUCUUAAAAAGUCCAAUUGAGUCACCAGCAACGCCGCAGCAGCAGGAGAAACUUGAAAAGCCACACAACACAAACAAUAAAACAGCAGACAAGGCACCUGAAGAGCUGCCUCAAGAGAGUACCACACCGCGGGUGUCAAAGAAUAAGCGCAGGGAGAAACACGAUAAAGAAAGGGAGCGUGACAAGGAGAAGGAACGUCUAACCAGAGAACGCGAAAAGGAAAAGGAACGUGAAGCAAGCACAAUCAAGGUUGCAGCAAACAACAAAGCCACAAGUGUAAUAACCACUGAAGCAGCAACUACAGCACUAGCGAUUAACACUAAAGUUGAUGCAACUGAAAUGCAGACAAGAUCCUCUAAAGCGUCGUCACUAUCUCCAGCAGCGUCAACUACAGUUGGUGGCGUCGACGCCAACGACAAUCUAGGAAACACAACAUUAAGUGCUAGCGCGUCCAACGCGUCGCCCAAACAAUAUCAACCUCUAACUGUUACGACUUCAGCUGCCGGCACCGUUAACUCUUCAUCUUCUCCUUCAGCCAGCUCAACCGACUCGAUAAAGCGCCAGCGCAUCGACCUUAAAGGACCGCGUGUAAAACAUGUUUGUCGAAGCGCAUCAAUUGUACUUGGCCAACCACUGGCCACCUUCGGUGAAGAAGAGGUGGAGCACGACGAAGCACUUGGUUUAGCCGAUAACACUGAUAUUGAGACUAGCGCAACGCCAAAUAAGUCUGAGGAAAUUGUGAUUGAAAGCAGCAACGAGGCUGCUCUAGCUACAGAACAGCCGCAAAAAAUAAAGCAAAUAAAGGAAAAAAUGGGACCGUAUAAUAAACAAGAAUUAGUCUGCGAUCAAAUGGAAGUCGUACAAAAAAGUUCGCAGCCAGCACCUGGUAAGUCAACUGCUUCCGCUAAUCCACCAACGACCGUUAACCCUGUAACAGUUGAGAGUAGCACACCAGCCGCUACCGAAAGCUUAGAACCGCCAGCGCACAAAGCAGCUAAACUUGGCAGCAGUGUGUCCGCUGACAAGAAGGAAGGCAGCACUGUUGUUUCCACAACUGUCGAGUCUGCAGAGAAAGUAUCAUUGCCUUUGCAGCCCUCUAAAGCAGUCACACGCAAUUCCAACGCAAGCAACAUUAAUUUGCAAAUUCACCGUUCCGCCUCAACUUCCUCCUACGCCACAUCGUUUGGCAAGAAGCCUAUCCGUCAAAUCAGCAGUGAUGCAAAUACAGCAUAUCAGCAACAACAACAACAACUGUUGCGUCGCAAGGAGCCACAGAAGACAAAAGCAAUGAUCUCAAUCGACUUUUGGGAGAACUACGAUCCGGCAGAGGUGUGUCAAAGUGGCUUUGGUCUGAUUGUUACGGAGACAGUGGCACAGCGAGCACUUUGCUUCCUCUGUGGGUCAGCAGGUCUAGAACCAUUGAUUUUCUGCGCCUGUUGCUGUGAACCAUAUCACCAGUAUUGCGUAAUGGAUGAGUACAAUCUGAAGCAUUCCUCACUGGACGACACAAUGCUCAGCUUCAUGGAUAUUUCUACAAUGGGUCAUAGCACAGCAGCGCCCACACCCGAACAAUUUAAUCAAAUCACAAAUCGCUUAAAUUGGCUAUGUCCGCGCUGUACUGUUUGCUAUACUUGCAACAUGUCCUCGGGCUCGAAGGUGAAAUGCCAGAAAUGUCAGAAGAACUAUCACUCUACGUGUCUGGGUACCAGCAAACGAUUACUUGGCGCCGAUCGCCCACUCAUCUGCGUUAAUUGCCUCAAAUGCAAAUCUUGCUCCACAACAAAAGUCUCGAAAUUUGUUGGCAACUUGCCCAUGUGCACUCCUUGCUUCAAACUGCGCAAGAGAGGCAAUUACUGUCCGAUAUGUCAAAAGUGUUACGACGACAACGACUUUGAUCUAAAGAUGAUGGAAUGUGGCAACUGCAACCACUGGGUGCAUUCGAAAUGCGAGGGACUUUCUGACGAACAAUACAACCUGCUGAGUACAUUGCCGGAGUCGAUAGAGUUCAUUUGCAAGAAGUGUGCGCGGCGUAAUGAAGACUGCAAAAUGAAGGCGUCCGAAUGGCGCACCGCCGUAAUGGAGGAAUUUAAGAGUAGUCUAAUGAGCGUACUCAAACUGCUAAGCAAAUCACGGCAAGCGUGCGCACUACUCAAGCUCAGUCCACGUAAGAAAAUUCGUUGCAUUUGUGGUAAUAGCAACGCGCAGACGAGCAGCCGCGCCCAGCCGAAGAGUCUACAAUUCAACAGCGAACCCGAGCGAGAUCCACUGGCGCUGGGCAGCGAUGAAUGCAGCACCGGUGAUAUCUAUGAAUUCAGGGACAAGCCCAGUGAAGAGAAGUUGUCCGAGAAGUGCACUUGCAUGCUGAAGACGACAAUUUUCAGCACGUAUAACAAUGGUGGUGGUCAAGAAAGCAAUCUCAGUCUGAUGGAUAUUAAAAAGAAAAUCAAUAACAACGACUAUGUUUCGCUAGCGGAAUUCAACUAUGAUAUGAUCAAUGUCAUACAGAGUGUAAACUGUGAUGAAUUAGUAAUUGCAUACAAUGAAAUAUUGAGUGAACAAUUUCCAUGGUUCCAAAACGAGACUAAAGCCUGUACUGAUGCGCUCGAAGAGGAUAUGUUCGAGUCAUGUUCCUAUUCGAUGGGCAAUUCAAUGGAUGCACAAGACGACUUCGUCGAGGAGGAGCAUAAUCGUACUGUCAUUGAUCUGCCUGAAGAUAUUGAAGAGGUGCUAUACUCGCUGAAGCCGCGCGACGAUCUGCGCACCUGCCUGUUCUGUCGCAAAUCCGGGGAAGGUCUGUUUAACGAAGAAUCACGUUUGUUAUACUGUGGUCACGAUUGCUGGGUGCACACGAAUUGUGCUAUGUGGUCGGCCGAGGUGUUCGAAGAAAUCGACGGCUCACUGCAGAAUGUGCACAGUGCCAUUUCGCGUGGUCGUAUGAUAAAGUGCACGGUGUGUGGUGGCCGCGGCGCUACAGUCGGUUGCAACGUGAAAUCUUGUGGUGAACACUAUCACUACUCGUGCGCACGCAACAUUGCCUGUGCGUUUCUCACCGACAAGUCGGUUUACUGUCCAGAACAUGCGCGCACCGCACUCAGAACUAACACGUCGCUGACGCUUGAAACAAAUUUCGAGGUUGCGCGUCCGGUUUACGUGGAGCUGGAUCGUAAACGCAAAAAACUGCUUGAGCCCAGCAAGGUGCAGUUCCACAUUGGUUCGCUUGAAGUGAAGCAAUUGGGCACCGUGUUUCCACGUUUUUCCGACACCUAUGAGGCUAUUGUACCGAUAAACUUUCUCUGCUCCCGACUGUACUGGUCCUUCAAGGAACCCUGGAAGGUCGUCGAAUAUACAGUACGCACAACUGUACAAAAUAGCUACUCAACAUUGACGGCGUUCGAUGCUGGUCGCAACUUCACUGUAGACCACAGCAAUCCGAAUGUUUCGUUAGUACAGCUUGGCCUGGCACAAAUUGCUUGUUGGCAUAGUAGCCUGGCGCGCGGCGAACUGAUGGACUACGACGCCGUCGAACUGCGCAAUUCUACGUUGACUAAGCUGCUGCCAGAGUACUUAAUACACAGCCAGAAUUCUUGCUCUGCGCCAGAUGAAAAUACCGAGGAAGAGCCACAAACGAAUGCCGACUUGCUUCCACCGGAAAUAAAGGAAGCCAUUUUUGAGGAUUUACCACAUGAGCUUCUAGACGGCAUUUCUAUGCUGGACAUAUUUCCCAAAUUCAUGAUCUACGAAGAGAUGGGCGGAAACAGUGAGGGCAAAACGACUGAAAUGUAUUUGAAUGAACAAUCAAAAGAUGGCGUGGCCACCUCCUCUGCUCUAACUGCUGCGCUGGCAACGUCUAACACGGCCAACAGCGGCAAUUGCAGCGCCUCUAGCGUGCAAAUAUCUGACGAUGAUACAGCAAAUUCGUCCCUUAGCAAACAAUUGGAUCUAAGCAAUUCUUGCUCAUCAACCAACACUAACUUGGCUAUAAGUCAUGUGGAAGACGCGCUGCUGUCCUGCUCACGUGCCACCAAUUGUCAGCUGAAACGCGCCAUCGGCACUACCGAAUUGCAACGUAACAAAGCCGAGAUGCUGAAGAAAACUUGGACGAAAUUCGAAAGUGUGAGCACAGCGGCUGCUGCGGCGGCAAUUAAAAAACGGAAACUUUCCAAAGGCCCGUCCGAACUGCGUAUGGCGGAGAGUGUGUUACAAAGCUUGAACCAGCAUCGCACAAAGAAAGAAAACGUCACGAUCGCCAUGAGCGCCUCACGACGUCAAUCGAUCUCGAGCGAAUCAGAAAGUGUUGCAGGACUGCGCACAAAAACAUUCACAUGGAGCGCAGCUAAACGCUAUAUUGACCCGCACACGGUCGAUGAAAAGGAUGAAUCGAAAGUCAAGCUUAUGCAAGUGGAUGGCGUGGACGACUCUAUAACUGAAUACCGCAUUAUCACCAGCGACGCACAGUUCACUGGCACGGUAAAAUGCGAGCGUUGCCACUGCACCUACCGCAACUACGAUUCUUUCCAGCGUCACCUUUCUACCUGCGAACCACUAUCGACCAGCGAGUCCGAGUCUGACGCAACCUCACGCUCGCCGGGCUCAGCAACAAAUGGUAGUCCGCCACUGGGUGGCAUUGAUGCCAACAUCGAUCUAAGCAAGUUGGGACAGGCGCAACGCACAGCCACACUCACCAGUACCGCCAACAAUUUACCCUUCCUGCAAGCUUUCUCGCAAGCCAUUCCACUCGGCAGCAUACAAGCAAAUAUCAAUGGAAUACCCAUUACGAGUAUGUCCAACGGUUUUCAGAGUGUGCAAGGGCUGCAGAACAUACAAGGCUUACAAAAUAUACCUGGUCUGCAAAAUAUACAACUGCAAGGCUUGCAAACACCGCAGGCGCUUGGCGGUAGUUUCUUCAUUUCGCAGACGAAUCCAACCACUUCAACUACCGAUGAAGUGCAGCUGUUAAGCUCGCUUCAAGGCUUAACCGCCAAUUUGAAUGGCACUUACACGUUAGCACCAACCGCUGGUUUUGGCACCACAACUGUACAAGCAGCACAGCAGCAGCCGCAACUGAUCGCUGUCUCCUCAUCGGCUGAUGGCACCCAACAAAUCAUACAACUACCGUCGGGCGUUACAACGCAACCAGUGGCCAGUCAACAGCUGUUGCACGGUCUGAACGCCUUCCAAACGAUGCAGGCUACAAAUACUGAUAAGAAAAUUGUGUUGCCAAUGGCCACAAGUAAACCAUUGAAAAAUGUUGCAACUAAGGCCGCGCAGCAAGCGAACACGGCAGCCAAGAACAAGUUGAAAGCCAGCAACGCCAGCGUAAAACCAAUACAAUCGAAAAUGAACACGACCACAGUAUCGGUGUCGCAACCCUCAAUACAAACUGCACCAACACCCACGCCAAUAACAGUUAUAAAUACCGGCACCAACGCCACCCAAUUGCUCAACCAGAAUUUGUUGCAACAAAUGCAAGCGGCUGGCUUGGCUGCUACAACCACGCACCAACCACAGUUGCUCUUCCAAACUGCAAACGGUCAGCAGCAACCUAUCGUCAUGCAACAGCUGAGCGCGCCCAACGCUACAGUGCCACAAAAUAUAAUCUCGUUUGUGACCACUGAUGGCACACAAACUCCACAGGUGCAAUAUAUGACCAUACCCACGGCCAAUGACUUUAAGCCACAAGCACAGGCCACGCCCUUUAUUACCGCAACUGCAACGCCAGCGCCUGCCAACCAAUAUUUACAGGGUGCUUUUCUACAAACCGACGCCAGCGGCAAUCUGAUGCUCACGACUACUCAAACACCGACUGGCUUACAAAUGCUCUCGGCCACACCGUUGAAUAUAGCAACCGCAACGGCGGCGCCACCACAACCGCAGGUGAUAGGUACACUCAUUAACCCACAAACCUUGCAAUUGGGUGGUAAUGUUAUAGCUACCACAACGGACCCACAACAGCAACAGCAGGUUAUAAUCGGCGGCGGUGCAACAGGUUUGGAAAUGAUUGCCGCAGCGAAUGCGGCAACCCCGCAAGUUAUACUUUCCACACAACCGAUGUACUAUGGCCUGGAGACAAUUGUGCAGAAUACAGUGAUGUCAUCGCAGCAAUUCGUGUCCACCGCCAUGCCGGGUGUACUGAGUCAGAACGCCAGCUUUUCGGCGACUACCACGCAGGUCUUCCAGGCCAGCAAAAUCGAACCGAUCGUAGAUAUACCAACCGGUUAUGUAGUAUUAAACAAUGUCGACACAACUCCAUCACUGGUGCAACAACAGCCAACUACUUCGCAACAGCCGAAUUUCCUAAAUACGGCUACAGUAUUACAACAGCAACAACAGCCCCCACAGACCAGCGAACUCCAGAGUACUGAGCAACAGCCAAUCUACCGUCUGCAUACGACCGACAACAACAGCAAUGUCGUUUCAGCUACGGUGACUGCAGCAACAGUUACACCAACUGUGACGGCAUCAAGUUUCCAAUUCCAGCCACAACCUGCACCACAACAAGCGCAAACGGCUGAGCAACAGCAACAACAAAACAACAAUGUGCAAGUUGUAACGGCGAAAGUGCCGCCUGUGGCGCAGGUGAAGCGCAGCAAUGCAGUGAAGGCAACACCAGUGGCGGCCGUAACGAAGGUGCAGCCGCAGCAAGUGGUGAAUAAGGUGAUGCCCACCACAGUUAUGCAGCAGACACAGCAGGCGACUAAGUUGGGUAAUAGCAAAGUGCAACAACAACAACAGGCGAACGCGCGAAAUGUGGUCGCCGGAGCCGGCACGUCGGUAUCAGCUCCAGCAGUUACGGUCGCAGAGUCGCAAAUAACCUUGACGCCCGUCACGAAGACAGCAUCGCCGAAACUUGCCACAAAUAAUGCCUAUACAAAGGUGUCGAACAACAAUGGCACAGCAGCUGUGUCGUUAUUUGCAACAACAGUUACUACAACAACAACCACUACACAAGCAACUACAGCGAAAGCGUUGCCAACUGUGACAGCCACAAUGGCGACGGCGGCGCGCAAAACAAACCUGAUACGACCAAUCAAUAAAGCUGAAGUAAAGCCGAAAGUGAUGAAGACUGCGGCGACAAUAUCCAAACAACAGCCUGCGCAGCCACAAUUGCAGCAGCAGGAGCAACAACAACAGCAGCAGCCGUCGCAAGUGGCACAGCCACAAGCGGCGAAAAUGGCAAUGUUGAAGCCGCAACCACAGCCGGCGCAGGUGUGCCUGCCGCAGCAGCAGCAGCAACAGCAGGUGCAACCACAACAGUUUGUCAACGAGCAGGUGCUGACUUUAACGUCGACGCAAACUCCAAACAUGCCAGCGCCAAUCAACAACAACAACGUCAACUCUAACAAAUUGUUGGAAUUCCAGCAGUCAGCCACAGUUAUGCAACCCCAACAUUUUGUUGAGGCGCCAACUGUGACGCAACAAACGUACAACAAUGCGCCCGCGGCUAUAUACAGUAACGGUGUAGUACAGGAUGAGCAACUUCCCCAAACAUCGCCUCAUUUGACCAACGGCAACAUGACCCACAGCUAUGACUGCAGUCAUCAGCAGCAACAGCCGCAGCUGCCACACCCACAGCAAAUCGAAUUUAACAGCCUGAGCUUGGAGCAAGUGGAGAGUUUCGCCCCUCCAACGCCGCAACAGCAGCAUGAGCAGGCGAACAAUAUUUUGGCAGCAGCACACAACUCCAACAGCAAUGGCGCUCUUGCCAGUAUUGCCAACAACAACAACACUAACAAUCGAUGUCUGCAGUAUUCGAAUUCAGCUUUCAAUGUCAACGUGCCUACGAAUAUUGUAAACCCUUUGCAGCAAACGCUACAGUACAAUAACAACAAUAGCAACAGUAGUGGCAGCAACGGCACCACCUCUACAACCACAAUGGGUUCGCGUCCGACGAAUCGUGUGCUACCGAUGCAGCAACGUCAAGAGCAUAUAGUCACCACGACGCCAUCACUACAGGUAAAGCCACCCACCAGCUCCAUGCCCAAGUUGUCGGCCUUAAAUACCGUAGGCGCGAAAUGUUUUGAUACCACCAGCGCUGUAAAUGGUGCUAAAAUCUACUAUGAAGCUGAGGUAAAGAAGGAUGAGCAAAUGCUACAUAUGCUUCACUCACCACAACAUCAGCAGCAACAGCAAGUACUACAAAUGCAGCUGCACGAGCCUCACCAAGAAACAACAAGCAUCGUGAAAUCACUUUCUCCCGAGGCGCACUACGUCGAAGAUACACUCAAAUGUGACCUGGACCUCAUGGAGACGGAGACUACGCUGUCGACGACAUGCCAACAACUGCAAGAAAUGGUGCACAACAACUUACCGCGCUACACUGGCACCUGUCUGGUGGCAAACGAGAAACCCAAGGAGCUCACCCCGACACCGGAGGAUGCCUAUGGGCUCAACGGACACAUGGAUGCAUUGAGUGGCAGUGAUAUGUGUGAACACGAUGGCGAAUGCAUGGACGAAAUGGAUGAUGAUGAAGAUGAGGAGGAUGAUGAAGAUGAAGACGGCUUUAGCUUGAAAAUGCCAACAGAAGACGGCGACCACGAUAUGUCCGAUAGUGAUGAACCCGCUGUAAAAGAGAAAAUUAGUAAAAUUCUCGACAAUCUAACAAAUGAGGAUUGCGCUGACUCGCUUGCCACGGCCACCACUGCUGAAGCAAACAACGUUGAGCUGAAUAAUGUGGGCUACCUAAGUAGCAUAGCUGGCGCCAGCGGUAAAAUGGCUGUCGACGCAGUUAAAUAUCAAAAUGGCCUAGCCAAUAACUAUGCAGUGGUAACGGCGGAGGAGACUGCUGCUGUUGCAGCAGCCGCCUCAGAGUAUAUCACACAAAUGGCUGCCAAGAUGAGCGCGCAAAUGCCUGGUGGCUCCCUGGAGGUGAUUGGCACAAACUUUGAGCUGCAGAAACUUGCGCCAAAACUUACGCCACAAAUAGCUUUAGAUGCGGUUGCGCCCAAUGGGGCUGCGCAUCACUGCGAUGAAGCGGUGCGCGCCGGUAUACAUAGCGCUCGCAUACAAGACACUUUAUUGGCGACACGCAAACCAACGCCACCACCUCCGCCGCCACCGCAGCGCGACAACAAAAAGAUCAGCGGCCCGCAUCUGCUGUACGAAAUCCAAAGCGAGGAUGGUUUCACCUAUAAAUCGACCUCUAUUGCGGAUAUUUGGGAGAAAGUAUUCGAGGCAGUGCAGGUUGCGCGACGCGCGCAUGGUUUAUCACCGUUGCCAGAAGGUCCACUUGCCGAUAUGGCGGGUGUGCAAAUGAUGGGUCUAAAGACGAAUGCACUAAAGUACUUAAUCGAGCAGUUGCCUGGUGUGGAACGUUGCACCAAAUACACACCAAAAUAUCAUAAGCGCGCUGCCACAAGCACGCACCAAACGGCAACAAGUGGGCCUUCUGUGGCACCAAGCAACAGCGCGACUAUGACAAACGCAGCGCUUGCUGGCAGUAGUAUAGAUCUGAAUGGCAUUCUUGAUUACGUUUCUGAUCAGGAUGAGCUGCAUGAGAAUCUGUACGAAUGUGCGCGCUGUGAACCAUAUGCAACGCGCUCUGAAUACGAUAUGUUUAGCUGGUUAGCAUCCAAGCAUCGCAAGCAACCAAUACAAGUGUUUGUGCAGCCUUCCGAUACGGAGUUGAUACCGAGACGCGGCACUGGCAGUAAUCUACCGAUGGCCAUGAAAUAUCGUACACUGAAGGAAACUUACAAAGAUUAUGUCGGCGUUUUUCGCUCUCACAUACACGGACGCGGGCUCUACUGCACCAAGGACAUUGAAGCGGGCGAAAUGGUUAUUGAAUAUGCAGGCGAACUGAUACGUUCCACUUUGACCGAUAAACGUGAACGCAACUACAAUAGUCGCGGUAUUGGCUGUUAUAUGUUUAAGAUUGACGAUAAUUUGGUGGUGGAUGCAACAAUGCGUGGCAAUGCAGCGCGUUUCAUAAACCACUCGUGUGAGCCCAAUUGCUACUCCAAAGUGGUGGACAUACUCGGGCAUAAGCACAUCAUCAUAUUCGCUUUGCGUCGCAUCGUGCAAGGCGAGGAGCUAACCUACGAUUACAAAUUUCCAUUCGAGGAAGAAAAAAUACCCUGUUCGUGUGGUUCCAAGCGUUGCCGAAAGUACUUAAAUUAAAGCAACAAAAAUUAACUAAACAAAAAAAAGGAAAAAACAAAGAAGAAUUGCCAAGAAGACUGGCGCAGAGAAGAACCCUAUCGAGCUUAGCGAUACUUUCCUGCUGCUAAGUGUAACAAAAAUCUUCUUUAGGCUAAUCUUACUGAGAAUUAAGAACUUUUCAACCACACACACUUCAAAGCGACGUUGCAAUAAUACAUAAUUAUACAAAAUUGUACUACACUAGUGAUAAGCGCAUGGACAUUGGCAUUUGGGAUUCGCAGCUAUAAGUUUUGCGGGCAGUUUAAUCGAAUAUGUUGAUAUUAUUGAUAAAUUGAAGACAUGUCAGUAUUCACCAAUAAUGAUUUUUGUUAAAUUAUAACUUUAAACUUACACACACACAGCAACACACACAUACAAACAUACACCUACACGCAUACACAAUUAACGAAAAGUGAUUAUAAUGGAAACUUAACUUACUUAGUUUUACUGACUAACUUGGACUAAGCUACACACACAUACAUACAUAUAUACGUAUAUAAGAAAAGCGUGAGGAAUUUAAGUAUAAAGUAAAACAAAAGUGAUCGGAUUAUAGUGUUGAGUGAGGAAAGAAAUGAACCAGAAUUUUAUUAUGUCUACAAAACGUAUUUAUUACUAAAAAACAAAAAAUUUUACAUAAUAAGCAUGCAUACAUCCAUGCAUACACAUGCAAUAUGUAUUUGAAUAAUAUUAAUAAAUUUAUUAUUGAAACUAUAAACAAAUGUAUGGCUUAAUGUUAUGAUUGAUUCAUUAAACGAUAAUACGCCUAAAGCUGUUUAACAAAAAUGGAAAUAAAAAAUUAAAUCAAUAAUGAAAACCCACAAAAAUUUAAACACACAAUUUAUAUGUAACUGUAACAAUAAAUUACCAUUAUUAAAUACAUAUUCUAAUUAUGAUUUCAAAUUAUGCUUUCACAUUGGCGAUUGUCCAACAUAUUGUAUUGAUAAUGAUCUUUGAAAAUAUAAAAGAAAAAUUAAAAAAAAGUAGUUAAAAAAUCCACGUAUAGACGAAUAGCGUAGUAUAGAAUAAAGAAUGUGUGUGUGUGAGGGAGAGCAGAGAGAAAUUAAAAACCUUAAAAUUAAAAAUUUAAAAAUCUAUCGUUAAAUGAAUUUUUUUGAAAACAAAAACAAACGUAAUUAUGGUAAAAUAACUCUUUACAGGGGACCUUUUUUUAACGAGAUGGGAAUUGUAAAUAUUUGAAAAAUUUAAUAUAUUAUAAAUAUAUGUAUUUUAUUGUAA